AUCCGCGGCCGCCCCUCAGGAGUGAGGGGGCGAGCGAGAAGGAAGCCAGGCCGAGGCCGCCCUUCGCCUCCCGGGCUUCGCCCCGAGCCAAAAGCAGCAGCAGCAGCAACAGCAGCAGUAGCAGCAGCCCUUCGGGAUCAGGCGGCGGCCUGGCCGCGAUACGUGAGAAGAUGUUGGCCACCAACGUCCAGGAAGAGCCCCCUACAGACCACCGGCCUGCCAUCUUUUAAGAGGAGACAUUUUGCCACGGCACAUAAUUGGGAUGGACCCUCAGCGUACUGCUAUGUUAGGGUUGGGCUCUGGUUCUGAAGGGUUUUCUGGGAAGAGCCCCUCUGCGGGCGCCACGGGAGUUAGGCGAGAAGCGGAGGUCGAUGGUAGCGCCAAGGAGGAAGAGGAGGAGAAGAGGCGGAGCCGGGAGAAGAGCGCCAGCGAUGAGGCGGGGAAAGAGGGGAGCCUGCCGGAUGCCCAGCACCAGUUUUCUGUGAAGGAGACAAACUUUUCCGAAGGGAAUUUAAAACUGAAAAUUGGCCUCCAGGCUAAGAGAACUAAGAAACCCCCCAAGAACUUGGAAAAUUAUGUCUGUCGCCCUGCCAUAAAAACCACUAUUAAGCAGCCCAGGAGGGUGCAGAAAGUUGGAAAGAUGGGUGAGGAGAAGAACGAUCCAGGAUCUGCGAAGCAGGACCCCUCGAAGCUGUACAAGAAAAGCGGAGAGGCCGGCCCAGCGACGGUGGAAAGCUUGCUUGCCGAGAGCAGAGCCAGAGCCAGCAGCCCGGCUUUGAAGAAGCUUUCCCCGCUGCAUCCAGAAGGGCUGGAGUACGCGAAGUCGGCCUUCUCCACUCCCAUCGGCAGCCGCGAACCCGACUUGAAAGAGCGAGCCCAGGCCAACGGGCCCCCGACGGUAACGGAGAAACUGGCGCAGCUGGUCUCGACCUGCCCUCCGGCAAAGUCUUCCAAACCAAAGCAGAAGAAGCCGCCCAUGACAGUCCUCUCCGGAUUUGCCAAGGAGUCUGGGAAGAAGCUGCCGACGCCUGGGGCCGCCGCGGGUACCGCGACCAAGGACUUCCUAAAGAAACCCAUUUCAAGCGGCACCCUCGGCCUCGACUUGGUCAACAAGGAGCUUGCCAAGAAAGCGCCAGGAACCGGUGGGGGUUCCGGGGGUUUAAUUAGUAAGGAAAAUGGGAGCAAAAAACAGCCAGGGUCCUGUCCAAGCAUGGCUGGGCUCACCAACAAGGACUAUGAGAAAAGGCCAUCCGUCCUUAGCUGCCCGGUCGGACUGGUCAGCAAGGAAGGCGGAAAGAAACCCCUGCUUGUGACAAGCAUGGCGCCGUCUGGAAUGGCCAGCAAAGACUGUGGGAAAAGGCUGUUGGGGACCAGUAGUCCCAUCGGAUUGGUCAACAGGGAUCCCGGGAAAAAAUCUCUCGGCAUGGUCAGUCCGCCCGGAUUGAUUAAUAGAGACUCGCUGAAGAAGCUUCCAUUACCUGGAAGUACGGUUGGAUUAUUUAAUAAGGACGUUGCGAAGAGACACCUGGGGUCCGACGGUCCAGUGGGAUCGGUCAGCAAGGACUCGGCGAAGAAGCCGCCGAGUUUUGGGACCUCGAGCGGAUUGAUUAACAGAGACUCUGGAAAGAAGCCAUCAGCAGCCGGCCCCCCAAUUGGGUUGAUGGCGAAAGAGUCCAGCAAGAAACACAUGGGGGUGGGCAUUAUGGCCUCUCUGACUUCGAAGGACUCUGGGAAGAAAUUGAUGGGGAGCACCAAUUUGGUGGGCUUAGCCGGCAAGGACUUGGGGGCGCUGAAGGCUGACACCGCUAACCUUCCGGCGGAGCCCUACAAGCGGUGUUGUGGCAGCGGCCCGGCCCCUCUGGAAAGCCACGUGCCCACCGGGCUUCUGAAGGACGGGGCUGGGGGCAGUAAACCAUUCGAAAAGCACCUGGCGAGACAGAGCAAAGGCAGUCUCCCCGAAAAAUUGACGCUCCAACGAGAAGUUUCCAGCGGAGGCAAAGAUGGGGCUUGCGGUCAACAGGAAAUCUCCCCCAGCGAAAGGGGCCCGUCCGAAUCCUCCAAGCAAGAGAAGCAUCUUCCGGUGUAUUGCACUUCUCCUGAAUUCAGGACCGCCGGAGGCGCUUCGGAAAUCUCCACCGCCAAGUCUCCGUUUAGUGCCGUAGGGGAGGGAGGCCUCCCCUCCCCUUCCCCAACUGCCUCAGUUGCUACUCUAACCCAUAGCCCCCCAACGGCUCUGUCUCAGAUCCCUUCCAACCCGUUGCAUUCAAGCCACAUGCCGGAUCUCUUAGACAGCCUGUCCGAACAGAGCAGCAAGACGCCGUCCGCCUCCGACGGCGCCCGCUCCGGUAUGAACAGGCUGGGGAAUCCCGGCUUGUACACGACAAGCAAAGGGGUUGUUCGGGAGACGAGCAAUCCCAACUCGGUCUGCGCGGAGGAAUCGAAACUGGGUCCUACCCCAGGGAAGAAAGCCAGCCUGGUCAGCGAAAGCAACCUCCACGCUUCUAUCUCCCCUUCGGUGGUCAGCUUCUCCAGCUUCUUCAACAACAAGCCCUUUCUAAAGAUGGGGGCGGUGAGCUCCUUAGGGAAACCGAGGCAAGGCCUGGAGAUCCUGAGGGGGAGCAGUAGCACUGACUCCCUGGGCAAGCCCUUAAAGAAACGGAAAGGGAGGAAGCCUCGUUGGACGAAAGCCUGCCGGUCUCCCAAAGAGCUGGAGUUAGAGAGACCAGAGCUUUUAAAAAAUGUCUCUUGCGGCCCGCUGUCCAGCAGUGGCCUGGACCAGGCCAAGCUCUUUGAAGGCACGGGCCCCCCGGACGCCUUCGCUGAGCACGACUUCCUGAAAUACCAUUUGCCCAAGCUGAGCAAAAGCAGCAGCCUUCAGUCGCUCUCCCUGCUGGGCAGCGCGGAGAAGGAACCGGGGAAGUUCUACAGCGCCCACGUGCCGACGUCCGCCGGCUGUCUGUCGGACGAUUUGUUCCCCGACAUGUACAAGUCCAAGCGCAACCGGUCGAAAUCCAAGGAGAUGCCCCAUUUGGAAGGGCCGCCCAAACGGGCCUUGAAAAUCCCCGCCUCCAAAGUCUUCUCGCUGCAGUCCAAGGAAGAGCAGGAGCCACCCGUCUUGCACCCAGAAGUGGAGAUCCCUUCCCACCGCCAGACCCUCGCGGGGCAAGCUUUCCCGAAGAAGCGAGGCCGCCCCAAGCGGCAGAUCCGCUCGGGGAUCAAGAUGAAGCCGCCCGUCCUCUCCGCCGCCCCUUUCGUCACGCCCGAAAAGGCAGACGAGUCGGAGGAUGCCGGGGACCAGCCGCUGCUGCCGCCACCCAGCGGGGACUUUUUCGAAAGCCACAGCCAGCUCAGCAACACGGAGGACAAUGGGGACUCGAGCACGGGCAGCGCCAGCGACCCAGAAGGCGAACCGGAGCACAAGGAAGUCAAGCGUAGCAACGGUCAGCUGGUGAAAACCAUCAUCCGGAAGAUCAACAAGAUGAAGACGCUCAAGAGGAAGAAGAUCCUGAACCAAAUCCUCUCCUCCUCGGCGGAUCCCAAUAAGGGGAAAGUCCAAUCCAAAGCCCACACCAACGUCUCCAGCUUGGCAGCCACCUUCAGCACCAAACUGGGCCAGCAGAUCAACGUCAGCAAGAAAGGAACCAUCUACAUAGGGAAGAGACGAGGCAGGAAGCCCAAAGCCAGCUUCAGCAGCCUUCUGGCGGCCGGUUCGAAUUUCGCCAUUCUAGAGACAUCGGGCCAACAGGCCAGCGGAGGGAUGCUGGGACAAGCAGGCGCCCCCUUGCUCCCAUCUGGCCCCAGUAGCAGCCCCGAGGUUCUUCCGUCUCCCGUGUGCUCCCAGUCGUCGGGCACCAGCGGAGGGCAGAGCCCCAUCAGCAGCGACAUGAGCUUUGUGGAGCCCAACUCGGUGCCCUGUUUCCACCUGCACAGCCGGCAAGGGAGCGUGGUUCAGACCUUGGCGAUGCGGAAGGCCUCACGGGCCCGGAGGCGGCUCUCCCCGCCGACCCUCUUCCCCAACUCCCCUUCCCACAUGAGCGAGCUGGGGUCCCUGAAGGAGGCCACCCCGUCGCCCAUCAGCGAGUCCCACAGCGACGAGACAGUGCCCAGCGACAGCGGCAUCGGCACCGACAACAACAGCACGUCGGACCGGGCGGAGAAGUUCUGCGGGCCGAAGAAGCGCCGGCACUCCUUCGAGCACGUCUCUCUGGUGGCCCCCGAGGCCUCGGCCGUCCUGGGCGGCCUGAAGGACAAGCACAAGCACAAGUGCAAGCGCCGUGGCCACGACUACCUGGCCUACGACAAACUGAAGCGGCCCAAGCGCAAGCGCAAGAAGAAGUUCCCGCAGCUGCGGGGCAGGCAGGACCCCGAUUUCCUGGCCGAGCUGGAGGAGCUGAUCAGCCGGCUGAGCGAAAUCCGCAUCACGCACCGGAGCCACCAUUUCAUCCCCCGGGACCUGCUGCCCACCAUCUUCCGCAUCAACUUCAACAGCAUCUACAGCCACCCCAGCUUCUCCCUGGACCCUUUGCACUACAUCCGCAAGCCGGACUUGAAGAAAAAGCGGGGGCGCCCCCCCAAAAUGCGGGAAGCCAUGGCCGAGAUGCCCUUCAUGCACGGGCUCAGUUUCCCACUUUCCGGGACCGGAUUCUACCCUUCCUACGGCAUGCCUUAUUCUCCGUCGCCCCUGGCGGCCCCCAUUGGCUUGGGCUAUUACGGACGCUACCCCCCUACCCUUUACCCUCCUCCCCCUUCCCCUUCAUUCACCACCCCGCUCCCUCCCCCCUCUUACAUGCACGCCGGCCACUUGCUCCUCAACCCCGCCAAGUACCACAAGAAGAAACACAAGCUCUUGCGCCAGGAGGCGUUCCUGACCGCCAGCCGGGCCCCGCUUCUCUCCAUGAGCACCUACCACCCCAGCGUCCCGCCCGAGAUGGCCUACAGCUGGAUGCUGGAGCACAAACACCGUCACCGCCACAAGCACCGGGAGCACCGCUCCUCGGAGCAGCCGCCGGUGUCCCUCGAGGCCUUGGCUCCCGCCAGCUCUUCACGGACAGUCUUGGAGUCCCUGAAGCGCUACCGUUUCGGCAAGGAGGCCGCGGGCGAGCGGUACAAGCAUAAGGAGAAGCACCGCUGCCACAUGGCUUGCCCGCACCUCUCGCCCGCCAAGGGGCUGCUGGGGCGAGAGGAGCAGUGGGCCCGGCGGGAGACCGCCGAGAGCGGCCCCCGGACUCUGGGAUUACAGACCCCUUUGCAGAUAGACUGCUCCGAUUCUCCUCCCAACCUCCCGCUGGGGAGGUUCACUCCGAGUUCCGAGCCGGCCAGUAGUGACGAACACACCAAUCUUUUUACCAGUGCAAUAGGCAGCUGCCGCUCCACGGGCUCGGCUGGUGGCCGUAAGAAACUGUCCGAGGGCUCUGGACUUUUCAGCCCCCAAGAAGGAUCGCUCGGCCGGCCCCCCCGCAAGGAGACCUUGCCUCCGAUUGAGAAGGUCGUGCAAGGCCUCUCAGG